AUGUACCCAGAUUGGACUACCACAGAGGAACUGGCUUCAACGCUCUAUCUCGAUGAGUCAGUGGUAAAGAUUUGGUUUAAGAAUCAGCGAGCCAAGCAGAAGAAGCAGCAACAAACCCAGGCAAGUCUGCCACCAGGAGCACCUGAUCAGAUGGAGGGAACCCCCAUACUCAGAACUGCUGCAAACACUCCUCCAGUGAGCCUGGGAGUUUCAGAUGCCAAUGACCAUGAUCCUUCUGAACCUUCUGAUAUCAAGUCACCUGAAGGGGCUGGUGCCUCUUUGAGGAAUUCAUCACGGGAUUCUCAGCCUUCUGAUAUUGAACAGAUAUGUCUGGAGGCUUCUGAUCCUCUUUGGGUCUCCAUUCCCUAUGACAUGGAUGAAUUUGUGCAAUUGUAUGCCUUACCUGGGGAUGAAGACCCCGGCAGCCUAGACCAGUAUCUCUCCCCAGGUUACCUUGGCUGA